GCGAAACGCCCAGGAGCAGAAGCUGCAGUCGCCGCCGCCUCCGAGCAGCUUCUCCGCCCACAUCCCACGCGGGGCUCCCGGGCGCCGGAGAAGCUCCUUGGCGGCGGCAGCGGCCAGGUGGCCCUUCCGCCUCCGGCUGGCUUUAGGUGGCGUCUGCCUGGUCGCCCAGCCCUUCCUGGGGCGCUUUCCCGAAGCCGGCGGAGGAUGGGCCCGGUCGGGAACAAAUCAGGAAGGAGCAACCGAAGAGGAGAAAGAGAAAGUAAAGGCUUCCUCGGAGUCACUUCCUUUCCCCCCCGCGAGGUCGGCGCCUGGCAAAAACCUCCAGGAUUGGAAAGCGUGCGGGAUUGAUUUGCACACCUGCUGUUUGCGGAAGACAUUUCAUUCUGUGUAGGUGAAGGAUUUUGUCCGGCUUUUCAAUAUGACUUCAUGGAAUUUGGGAUUCUGAUGGCAAAACCCACCCAUGAAAUUGCCAUCAUGUCAUCCAGGGACACCGAUCCAGAUAUCGGAGCCUUUUUAGUCAGCAUCAACCUGGGACAGUACCUGUUAAACUUUAGGGACUUUGGCUACCACACUUUGCAAGAGUGCGUGGGAGUAAACGACAGCAUCCUUCAACACAUCGGAAUCUCGCCUACGGGCCACCGUAGACGAAUCCUCAAACACUUGAAGGCCACGUUUACCAAAAUGCCAGAAAUGUCUACCUCUGGUCAGAGCUGCUCUCCCAGGCAUUUCCUCGAUUCCAAACAGAAGGAAACAGGUGGCGGGCCAUCUGAUGGACAGACCCACGCAGCUUGCAUCGGGAACCAUGAAAGAAACCCACACUACACAACCCGCGACUUGUCGGGAAACAGAGCCAGCCCUGUUUUGGAUCUGGACUCUUCUGACUCGUUUGAUCCAAAUACGUUGGCAGAUCCCACCGCGGUGCCACGGGACUCACCGAAAAAGGUGACGUCGGAGAAGAAACCUUGCACGGAUGAUGCUUCUCUGAAGAAGGGAGGCCCAGAAACUCCGGAGGUUCAACUUAAUGCCGCUCCCAAAGAUGGACCUGACGAAAAGAAAACCAGCGAGGUGGAACAUCAGCUCUUAUCAGGGUUGGGAAGUCUGCUCGGUGAGCUGCAGGAGCCGUCGUUCUUUGAGUUCAAAGGUGAAAUGGUGGAAAAUGAUCUGUAUUGUACCCAAAGUCCAUCAAGAGUAGGCGCCAGGCCAACACGAUCUUUUAUCCUUCGGCACCGUCCCGUUCCAGAAAUCCCUGGUGUUCCCUCAGAGGCAGCUUCAAAUAGCUCUCUACACGAACGAAGAAGCACGAACGGUUUAAGUAUCCAUCGUUCUGAGAACUGUCUUUCAGACAACAGAGAACUAGCUGAAGAAAAGCCACCCCCGAUUUCUCCCUAUGGUGAGACCUUCCUUAUGAAUUCUCCUGAAGACAUGGAAAUCUACCGCAAGGAACCUUCAGACGUGUUAGAAGAGGAUAACGAAAAGAAAAGAACGCCAAGCAGAACAGGUAAUCAAAACCAGAAAACCUCCGAAAAUAUAAAAGACGCUGAAUUGACACCCCAAGAAGACCAGAGUCCCUUUCCGAACAGAUUUGUCGGUGAAGCUGAAUCCUCUGUAUUGAAAGAAUGUUCUCGCUACGCUUGGAGGGGAAAAUAUAAACCUACCAAGGGCCUCGGAGAAUUCAAACGCGGGAGUAUGGAUCUCGAUGUGAAAGACCAGUUGUUUUCUUCCCCGGCUGUUUGCGGUGAUGACUUGGUCCCUGGCUCCAAAGACACAAUCACACCUUACGCCUGCUUUUACGCUCCGGCAGCAAAGAAGGUUAAGGAAGGGUGGCUGGAUAAACUCUCUCCACAAGGGAAGCACGUGUUUCAGAAACGCUGGGUGAAGUUUGAUGGCGAAAGCAUUGCUUAUUAUAAUAAUGACAAGGACAUCUACUCCAAGGGCAUCAUUCUUCUUUCCGCGAUAGCUACAGUCCGGAUGCACGGAGACAACAAGUUUGAAGUGGUUACAGCGCAUCGGAUAUUUGUCUUCAGGGCCGAAAAGGAAGACGAACGGAAUAACUGGGUAACCAUCCUCUUCACUGCUCUGCGGUCCCUCCCGGCAAUUUCUCGAGCGCGGACAGUCGUCCCUCCAGAAAAAAGUAGCUAUCUGGAAUUGAAAGGCUAUAAAGCCAAAAUCUUUACCCUGCUGCAAGGGAACAGUGUCUGGAUUUGCAAGAACAACCAGGAUUUUAAAUCUGGCUAUGGCAUUACCAUCAUACCAAUGAACGUGGCUAACGUGAGGCAGAUCGAUCGGAACGCAAAACAAUGUUUUGAAAUAAUUACACCUUAUCGAAGCUUCAGCUUUACUGCCGAAUCGGAAAAAGAAAAGAUAGUGUGA